AUGGCGGCGACGGGUCCGGCGCUGGGGGCAGGCAUGCGGAGCUGGAGUGAAGUCCGGCGGCAAGCGACAGCGGCGCUGGCCUCCACCCAUGCGGCUCGUCCCAGGCUGAGAGGUGAGCCGGCCAAGCCCUUCCUUUUUGCUCGAAGCGACCCAAAAUUGACUUAUGAGAGAUGGGCAAUCCUUGCAAGGUCUGCAAGGGAAUGGAGUUCAUCGGAAGAAAUAACAUUUGUGUACGCUCACAAGACAAUGAAGUCGGAUGAUCUUCCACAGGAAGGCCCUGGGCAUGAUAAUUUCCUUCUUGGAAGACCUGAUAUUGUCCCAAUCCAAGGACAUGGCAGUCUUCUAGAAUAUGAGUCUGUGGAGCCAGAAGAUGGGCAAUCACCUCCAGAAACUGAUUGUGGGCUAAUUCUUAGGGGUUGUCUAUCUGGAGCACAAAGUGAGAGACUAAAUGCGCUUAUCCAGAAAGUUAAACCUGAAACUGUUGUAUUCGUGGCUGUCAUGAAAAAUAGUGAUGUUCAAUCACCUCGUCCUCUUCUGAUCAUCUCGAAGGAACGCACAUUAGUUGAAGCUGCACAGUUUCCACAUGAAAAUGGAAUGCCUGUCACACUUCAAAUUCCAGACAAGAGUGAGAAGUGGCAUCCAAGAUUCUACAUGGAAAAAGGUGAGGGCAUGCUUGCAGGAGGAAAUGUUUCCCCGGAAAGCGACAUUCAUGGUUUUCCUCAUGAUAGUCUAGAUGGCAAGGACACUCAUUCUUCUGAGCAACCUUCUUUGAUCCUACCGUGGAGAACCAGUCUAACUACUACUCAGCGGAAGAUAGUUGAUGAGAAAUGUCAAGCUAUUGGAUCCAAGUAUCGCCUAUAUGUAGCAACAUUGAACUCAAGCAGCCUUCAGAAGAAGCAAUUUGAAUUCGGUCAAGACUAUGCCCAUGCCGUACAUCUUCCAGCUAAAACUACAGAUGUGAUACUCAAAUCGAACGGGAAAGACUGGGAAACCAAGAUGUCUUGCAGGAAAGGCAAUAAUAACUCAAACAGAUGGAUGCUUGUUAGUGGUUGGGGCGACUUCAUGCGUGGCAACGAAGUGCGGGAGGGUGGCCUGGUUGACGGAGACAUGCUCCUGUUCGAACUCCAGUCGAUGAACGAGAAGGAGAUUACCAUGGAGGUCCAUGUCGUUCCCAGAGAAAAUCUCUAGUUUCUGUUUUCUAAUGCAGAAUCUGCAUGCUCGUCCUGUUUAGCACUCUGAAAUCAAGCUAUGGCUAAUCUGA